CACCUGCUCUCACCUGCGACACUUCGGCCGCAGCAUCUGAAGCUCCAACACAAUGGAGCCACUGUUCUCUGUCCACACUGGCGCCAACAUGUAUCCUCCGAAGGAAGAGUGUAAAUUCGUGCAUUGUGUCAAGGUUGAGCUGUGGGCAUACCAAGAGAAGAGCAACCGAAAGAGUGUGCUUCUGUUUCCGCCUCUACCCAGCAGACUGCGAUUCCUGGUUCACAAAACCACGGAGGACCUGCCAGACCUCACCACCUUCUCAGUAGGGGAGAGCUGGUGCCGUAGGGUGGUGGUCUGUCAUUCUGAGCUCAGGGGUGAGAUAGAGGACGACAGCGACUUGGAGAGCAACAGCAGCUUGUGUGAAGAGAAUGUAAGCAGCAGUGGGGAGACAGUCGGUCGUGUCAAACCUCCACCUUCCAUCCCAUCACGAAGCCGAGGACCGAAGAGACCGGACAAGCCCCUCUACAUGCCACGAGCUGCUCGGGAGAGACUGUCUUUGCAAAACUCACAGGGACCCACAGCUUGUCAUAGCGGUAGCCCUAUUAGCACUUCAUCGGACUGUUGUUCCUGUCCUGAAACUACAGAAAGUAAAAAGUGUGAAUCCCGUUCUGGACAGGGAUCGUUCUCCCAUGUAGCAGACGGUGUUCUUGACACUUCCACAGACAGUUCAGCACUGUGUCCUCAGGGAGAGAAACAAAACUUGGAGCUAAGCGAGCAUGACGGUGAGGCCGUUGUCUGGGACCAGAUUCAGUCCUGCUUCGCUAACAUGAUCGUGAAGGACGAGGGAGACCCUGAUGUUGUGGCAAACAGUGCCCCGACAGAAGACCUAAGCGCAGACACAGAGGAUGUUAUUGAAGAGAUCAAAGCACAUCUGAAAGAGGCAGUUGCUUUUUCCAUUGAGCAUGCCCACAACGACUACUCUGGUUUUGAGAUUGUGCAGUUUAACUCGGAUGACUUUCGCCAUGUGAUUGAGAUUUAUGACUUCCCAGCUGUGUUGAAGACAGACGACCUUCUUGAUGCUUUUGUAGAAUACAGCGAGGGUGGAAUGAAGAUCCAGUGGGUGGACAACACACAUGCACUUGGUGUUUUCUCCAGUGAGUUGGCAGCGCUCCAUGCCCUCUCCAUCUGCCACCCACUGCUGAGGACACGACCACUGGCUAAAGGGAGUAAAAAAUCCCAAGGCAAGGCCAUCAGAUUAGCAGAGUUUAUCCAGCCGGUGAAGGAACGUCCAAGGACGGACUGUGCUGUUGCCAGGCGGAUGGUUACCAGAGCCUUGGGCUUACAGGGACGUGGCAGAGUGCAGCAAUAUUAAAGGGAAUUGCCAGCGCUGCUAGCAUAUACUGCAGAAAGGUCCAGCAGAGGUCGGCCUGUGUUCACCAGCCCUCUGUAAAGAUGCCACAGUGGCCAUAAACAGCUGACUGAUCAUUCCUCAUUGAUAAAUACAGCAGGUUGACACAGUAAAGGAAGCUGCCCUACGUCAUCAACAUCCACCCUGCUGAAGUGUCUUUGAGCAAGACACAGCAGUUGACCUCAGAGCUGCUGUCCUGUAGCUGAACCUGCUCCCUUUGGCCAUUACUGUUGUGAUUCCUGUUGCUCACUGUUAAAGAAACAAUAAGGUAUGAAACAGAUGACUCUAAAGGCACUGGAAGUAAUGAAAGAAUGUUUUAGCUGGUUUAAAUUUUAUUGCAUGUUCACUUGACACUACAGUUUGUUUCAGGGUUGUUUGAUUUACUGGCAGGGUGUUUUUUGUUUCCACCUUGCCCAGGUGCUGCACGUUCAGUUGCAUAAUUACACAGUGUUUUAUGGUUUCUAACUUCAGGUGGCCAUAUUAUACCUAAUGCUGUUUCACUUCAAUUUUACUGUUUUUAAACAUAUUCACAUGUCGGGUUUGAGCCACCAAGAGUGCACAGACAGGUGCUACAUUUAAAGUUACAGACACAGCCUGUUCAGAACAGGACUAAAAGCAGGGGUAUUAUAGGAAUGGUAGAAUUCAUGAUCUGUGCAGCAUUUUGAGUUUAAUAUAAUACGCAUUCUUCAGAUAUGUGGCACUUAACAUAACGUGUUUAAAAGGAAUGUAACAUGGGACCUUUAUUGACAAAUUCUGCCACAGGUUCAUUCUCAGGAUCAUAACAGUAAUGAAGAUGUAUUAGCAGGAACAGAUUUAUGUAGAAACAACACAAAAUAUCAUUUUAUUGUUACUGAACACUGAUAUUUUCUAAUGUUUUGUUAAUUUUGAAACAAAUUGCAAGAUGUUAAAUGGUUCCUAGUAUUUUAUUUUAGAACUACUUUGGGCAAAGUGUUUUUCACUCAACAUUACAGAAAACGGUUUUGAAUAGCGGAAGUUUGAACUCUGGAAACUGGCAAUGUUAGGUCAGAAAGAAAGAACUAUAAAUGUUUGGAAAAAGAUGUUGAAUAUUUCAGUUUUGUUGUACUAAAAUAGCUUUUUCGUGAAAUGAUCUUUAGUGCCUGAUAAGAGAGAGAGAGAGACUGGAAUUGUUCUUUGGAAUCUCUGUACAUUAUCUUUGUUGAGCCACAGUAGAAAUAAUAAGCUGCAUCUAUUGAGUAGUUCAGUGAUUUAAAGGUAAAGUAAACCAAUCUGUGCUGUCAAAAAGUCUUAGUGUAAAAACGGACUCAACUGUAAUAUGAUGCUAUUUACAUUUACACCACAUGGAUAGUGCAAAAAAGUAUUUUUUAUUUUUUAUAAAUACUCACCUGUUUUAGAGGAUUGAAAUGUAAAUAAGCUCAGAAUAUUUAAUGUAUGGAUACAGAACCUGUCACACAAGUUCCAAGAUGUGUUAAUUCAAGUGUUGCAUAGACUACAUUUUAAUGUAGACUUUUCUUUAAAUAAAAGCAAAUACAGUACA